AGGAACUCUCGGUCAAUUCGAUUGAUUCCCAUUCUUCUCACACAUAAUGUUCCGUCCCGCCGCUCGAGCGCUCGCUCGCGCGCCCGCUGUCGCAGCUCGUACACCAGCGAACAGACGAUUGAUAAGCACCGGUCCGACCAAGUCGAGAAGCUGGAAGAACACCUUCUUGCGAUUGGGCUUGGCUGGUGGAGCUAUCUACUACUACAACACGAGCAGUGUUUUCUCCGAGGAGCCGAAGUUCUCUAUCCUUUCUACGAUCCGGAAACAAUCCGAUGAUGCCAACCCCCAGACCCUCGACUCCAUUACUCCCAAGAUUCGCCAAGAACGAGCUGCCGCGCAAUCCAAGAAGAGCGAGCCUGCUGCUUUGGAAGGUGGAUUGAACCCUCAGGAGCUCGAGGAGGAGGCUGGCCAGGAGGCUGCCUUCAAUCCGGAGACCGGCGAGAUCAACUGGGACUGCCCGUGUCUUGGAGGCAUGGCCCACGGACCAUGCGGAGAGGACUUCAAGGCUGCUUUCAGCUGCUUCGUCUACUCCGAGGAAGAGCCCAAGGGCAUCGACUGCGUUGAUAAAUUCAAGGCAAUGCAAGAUUGCUUCCGCCAACACCCCGAAGUCUACGGCGCCGAGCUGGAAGACGAUGAUGAGCCCCAAUCCGAUGCUCCAGCUCCCUCUGAUGCUCCAGCUCCCUCUGAUGCUCUCGCCCCCUCCGAAGCUCCCGCUACCUCCGAACUUCCCCCCACUGCCGCCGAGCUGGAUGCGUCGUCGCACCCCAUUGAGAAGCAGACCCACGCCAAAGAGGUCAGCACCCAGAUGAAGAACGAGACCGUUGCUGCUGGCGAGAACAUUGAGGGAGACUCCCUCAUUCCUAAGGCUGCGCAUGACACCGAGGAGAAGAACCAGGCCAGCAAGGCUUAG